GAGUCACGAGAAUCCAAUCUGCGAUUGCCGGUGACACCAUGGUUGAACUUGGGAAAGAUCCGCAAUGACUCAGUCCCACCGCUUGCUGUAGUCAGUUGGGCUCCAAGGAUCACAACAGGUGUUGACAACAACCACCACGAUGAUGCGUGUCCGCUCCCUCGUUGCGGUUCUUGCUGUGAUUCCACUGGCUAGCGCCUUUAACUCGUGUAGUAGUGGCAGAGCAGGCUUGCAUGGUAGAACAACAGCCCAAGAACAACAACAAUGCCGACAAGACUUUGUGACUCCAGUAGUUUUGUUUUCUUCGUCACCGACCAGCGGUAGCAACGAUGAAUUAGAUCCAGAGGCGAUUGGGAAUCAGUUAGUCAAGGAGGCGAAAGAAGUGGCGUCCUGUGUGGGGAUUGUGACGAAUUCCUUGUUCAACUUGGGAGACGACAUCAAGGCUACCGACAUUGUCGAAUUCUGCGAUGAACUGGAUGCAUUACAAGAGGAUGCCGACUUGUUUGUGUCUCGGGAGCUCAAACUACGAAAAUUGGCCAUGGAAUUCCAGCGUUACGAAUUGUUGGUAGCACUCAUGAGAAAUGACUACGACGCCUAUGUCGCCACCGCGGGCUUUUUGAGUCCCAGUCGCAUUCCUCGCAGCAAAUUGCCCAAUCUGCAAGAUGUCCCCUAUGAUGGUAGUAAUGAAAGUAGUGAACAAGAACAACAAGCCAAAAAGCCAAACAAGGCAACAACAACCAUCACUGAUGAAGAUGGAAAUCCACUGGUGGCAGACUGUGAAUUGGAGAACAUGGAAUUCAACGAGAGUCCACUCGACAAGUUGCUUUUGAAAAUAUUCCGAGAUUUAGUGGAGAAGAAUACAGGUGGAGUGCAAAGCGACAAACCUGGCCUGGAUGGACUGCUGGAACAAGGCAGAACCUUUAUGCUUCAAGAAGGACAAACACCCGAAGCACAGCACAAGAUGGUUUCAGAUACCCUGGGUGGACUCAUGACACCUGUGCUUCCUCCCUUUUAUCGGAUAUUCAUGUCGGGCAUUGUCCCCAAGUUGGGCACUGACUUGGAUGGAAAGCAGUUGGGGCCGUGGUUUUAUGCCCCCUUCUUGACAUCCUUUGUCACACCCACAUUCUUUGGCUUUUUGGUCGGACCGUCGUAUCCCAAUCGACGAAAGGAUGGACAACCUGGUGGAUUGGUGGUGGAAAAGUGCAAAUUCUUGCAAGAAUCUGGAUGCAAGGGCAUUUGUCUGCAUCAAUGCAAGCUACCCGCCCAACAGUUUUUCAAAGAAGAGUUGGGAUUGCCCUUGACCGUGACACCCAACUUUGUCACGCAAGAAUGUCAAUGGAGUUUUGGAGAGGAGCCCUUGCCUCCGGCCGAUGAACCAACAUUUCCCAAGGGCUGCUUGGUGGGGUGCGAAUCACGAAAACAAAUGGUUGGUCGAGUUGCGGAUGUGUGCAAUUAAUCAAUCAACUAUUGCUAAAAAGCGGGUAUGGAUACAGUACCGUACCAAAAGAGGACUAACGAUAACAAUGACGCAGUUUGGGCCAUCCUUGAGACUCGCUCACACGCUUACUACACGCUAUAUCUCAACUGAGUAACUAAUAAAACGAUACUUGCUACAUGUCUC